AUCAAGCAUAUGAUGGCUUUCAUUGAGCAGGAGGCCAAUGAAAAAGCUGAAGAAAUAGAUGCAAAGGCAGAAGAAGAAUUCAACAUUGAGAAAGGUCGCCUUGUUCAGACACAGAGGCUGAAAAUCAUGGAGUAUUAUGAAAAGAAGGAGAAACAAAUUGAACAGCAAAAGAAAAUUCAGAUGUCCAACCUGAUGAAUCAAGCAAGACUGAAGGUCCUCAAGGCAAGGGAUGACCUUAUUUCAGAUUUGCUGAAUGAGGCCAAGCAGAGACUUGCCAAGGUGGUGAAGGAUACUGCCAGGUACCAGAUGCUGCUGGAUGGACUAGUUCUACAGGGAUUCUACCAGCUGCUUGAGCCCAGAUUAGUUGUUCGGUGCAGGAAACAGGAUCUGUCUAUGGUUAAGACUGCUGUACAGAAGAGCAUUCCCACCUACAAAAAUGCCACAAAAAGGGAUGUGGAUGUUCAUAUUGACCAAGACAACUUCCUGCCAGAGGAUAUUUCUGGAGGUGUUGAAAUCUACAACAGUGAUGGUAAAAUUAAGGUUUCCAAUACCCUGGAAAGUCGGCUGGACCUUGUAGCCCAGCAGAUGAUGCCAGAAAUCAGAGUGGCUCUCUUUGGUGCUAAUGCCAACAGGAAGUUUUUGGACUAAACCUCUAUGAGAGAAGGUGGGAUCUGUUCCACUGCCAUACUGAAGGGGAUGCAAAAGCAUCUGCUAAUUUAAAAAUCUUGAAAUAUAACAUUACCGUGUCAUCCAAUAUCUGUUCUUCAAUGGAAUAAUUUUGCAUACCUGCUGUGCUUAGUCUUUCUACUUGUGGUUAGAAUGUGUUGCUUAAAGGAUGUGAAGAUAUAUGUAUUCAACCAGAAGUGACACUAGAAAAUGGAGGUGUUUGGGCUUUUGGCUUUCCUUGCACUGUUGUGGCUCUAUCAGGACAAAUGGUCCAUUUAGGGUCACUCAAAUCUUUGCUUUGGCCACAUCUCUUUCAAAUUAUCUAAUCUGUGAAGUAAAUUACUAUGCUGCCGAUGAGAAAUCCCUUUUCAGUUAAGGUUUUCAGUGUUACAGAGGGCAUGCAUUCCUUCCCUGGGGUUAGUAGUUUAAUUCAUGUUACUUGGUCAGGCAUUUUUCUGUUCUGUAUAUGUGAUUUUAAAAAAAAAAAAAGCCUGAGCCUGUAAAACUUUAUUUAUUAAAAUAAAAAUGCCUGUGUGUAUGGA